AUGCUCUUCUUCCUCACCGCUGCCACGGCGCUUUUCACCCCGGUGCAGUUCAUGUCCUCUGUCUAUGGCAUGAACUUCGUGAAUGUUGAGGGCGUCCCCACCAUUCCGAUGCUCCUAGAGAAGGGUGGCUACGAGCGUUUUUGGAUUGGGGUCACGGGCUACUUUGCCCUGGCCGUUGCCUGCGCUGGCUGGCUCUACCGGCGCCUGCAGCGAAAGUCUGGAAAGGCGAGGAGAAAGGCGGCGCCACUGGCUUGCUGUUGCUGCUGCCCUCGGUGA